AUGUUUUCAAAGAAUUUUAAUUCACGUCUGAAGCUCUUUCCCUCACGCUCGCUGAGAUUCAGAGGUCCAGAGUCGGCCGGGGGAGGCAGGAGAAGGUCGAUGCAUGGUGGUGCUGCUGCUGGAGGUGUUGAACGAGGAACGUCGCGAAGAAUAAAGUUAAUAAAACCAAUGACUGAACCCUAUAAACAAUGGAUGCACAAAAAGUAAAUGGUGUGGCUCCAAAAGAGAAUGGUCAUGGAAGUCGUGGAAGACCACCCUGCUAUUCUGUUGAGACUCCAUACGGAUUUCAUUUGGAUUUGGACUUUCUUAAGUACGUUGACGACAUUGAAAAGGGCAACACCAUCAGGAGAGUGCCAAUCCAGCGUAGACAACGUGGGCGAACAACUGGUUCCCUAUCCAGAAAUCUCAGCCUACCUGGGUAUGGGUGCAGCAGGCCCUCCCAGUGGAACUCUACUGGUAUUUUAUUUCCCAGACCUAGACUCGCAGACUCGCAGCAAAGUUACGGAAAUACAGCGUUUCAGUCUUCCGAUGGUGGUUCAACUGCUUUAGUCAGGCAGGUAGAGCCUUCCUACAGUUCCUUCACAGCCGCAGAAAUGGACGCCACCAUUCAGGCCUUCGACGAGCAGCCCUUAGGACUUCACGUAAGGCCGAAUUUACUUCGUGCCUCGAGUUUACCACUCACAGUGUUACUGAGGAAACGUUCAGAAUCCAUCGAAGACCCAACCAGCCCCAACGGUUCGAGGGAUUACCUCACGCAAGAAAACGGAUCUUCCGAGGACGUCUUCCACAGCCCGGAGAGAAAGACGGCAGGGGCGAACGGGACUCUUCAACGGCUCACUGCAGCCUUACAGCGAACGGCAGAGCUGGAGGAGGAGAUCAGGGUUAUACCAGAGCUCAAAGCCCAAAUAUGCAUCCUGCAAGAGGAGCGGGAAAUGCUCUUGUACAAAUUCCAAACCCAAAUUUCACCAAGUACCAAAGAACCAGUGGACUUUUCUAGCGGUUCGCCACAGAGCUCAAGCCAUUUCACCAGUUCAGCCGUGGUUUCAAAGACCGCGGAGAUUCAAAACAAAGCAAACGACGACUGGAUGAAUCGAGAGUACGAUCAACUGGAAGAGAACGUCAAGGCUUCUUCCGAGCAAGUGGACGCAAUUGUGAUUCCCUUUACCACAGGAACAGGUAGAAAUCUGCAAGGAACUAAAACUUCCAGAGAUAACAAAGAUCUUUCAGAUCACGGAGACAGAUCUAAGUCUCUCACGGAGACUCUGCAGAGGAAAGUUGUCACGCUGGAGCAGAAACUCCAUGAACUCGAGUCCGACCUGGACAAGACGAGAGAUCAGCUGAAGCAGCAGGUGCUGGAGAGCCGAAUAAAAGACGAGAGAAUCAAGGAGCUGAACAAAAACGUUGAACGCAAUAGUGCUGAAAACGUCUGGGUCAGAGCUGAAGGAACUGAAGAGCAUUCACCUGAGAACAAAACGUCAGAGCACGCAAAAGUACGGAAACCUGAAGCUUCCGUUCAGGUUCAGCUGCAGGAAUCAGGUCAGUGUGGUUUAGAAGAAGGACUCAAACCCCAUCAUGCGUCAAAAGCACCUGCAAAAUCUCACGCAGAGAUGGAGCAUCACGUGAAAAGAGUGAAAGAGCUCCUGCAUGAACAAUGGGAAUGCCUCUGCAGGAAAGAGUCGUCUGGAAGGGUCUUGUCUUCUGAACACCUGCCUCCUCGUGUCUGCUCCAUCCAAGAACAGCUGGUCACUUUAGUGAGCCUACUGUCGCUUUAUGUGUCUCCUGCUGGAGAGCUGCAAGCGCAACAACCAGCACAAACGUCCAAGCUGGAGGACCCGAUAUCUGUGUUACAUAAGUCCAGGGUGGAAAGUCCCAUGCAAGUUGAUGCAAGAGAGAGGUCUGGUGAUGGAAGUGAUGCAGUGGAGUAUAGCACACAACCAGCGGAGCUUCCUGAAGAGGAGUCUGACCUUAAGACGUUCCCACCUGAUCAGAUAAUAGAGAGUAUAGUGUUUAUUAAAGAACAGAAAACCAGAGAAGAAGAUCCUACAGAAGAGACGACUCGAGAAGAAGAAGAAGAAGAAGAAGCCAUGAAGCAGGAACCAAGGCAAACAUGUGAAGCUGAAUGUCCAGAUGAUCCACCAGUGAAAGAUGAGAGCGAGCAGGUCGAAACAUGUUCAGGAGUUGAGACACAGGAGCUUUCAGAGGACGGAAGAGGGGAGACAGAGAUCAACAAAGACUUCACGGCUGCGUGUUACUUCCUAGAAAACCACAUGAACGAAGUGUCUGACCCAAACGAUGACAUGAGGCAGGCUCUCACCGUGGUGUUCCAGCAGUGGUUCCACAUCUCUGCUGAGGAAGACUCUUGUGCAGACACCGUUUCCCUGUAUGUAAAUGAGGUGUCCAAAUACACUCCUGCAGUCCUUCCAUUCCUGGUCAACAUGGUGGAUGACAAUGGGAACACAGCCCUGCAUUACAGCGUGUCCCACUCUAACUUCAGGAUCGCCAAGAUUCUGUUAGACACAGGUGUGUGUGAGGUGGAUAAGAGGAAUAAGAUCGGAUACACAGCCAUGAUGCUGGCCUGUCUCGUACCUGUGGAUUCUCCAGUGGAGAUGAAGGCAGUUCAACAGCUGAUGAAGCUUUCUGAUGUUAAUACUCGAGCGGGCCAGGUGGGUCAGACGGCUCUUCACCUGGCGGUCAGGCACGGCCGGGUCUCCACAGUGCAGCUGCUUCUGGCACAGGGGGCUAAUAUUAACGCUCAGGACCGGGCGGGCACCACCGCCCUGAUCAGCGCCUGCGACCGCGGGCACGCCGACAUCGUCCGGAUCCUGCUGGAGGACCCCGACUGUGACGUCAACCUCACAGAUAAGGGAGGACGCAGUGCUCUCUCAUUGGCCACACAGGCGUCUCACACAGAAAUAGCCGACCUGCUGAGGGCCCGAGCCGGAACCCGAGGGCCCGACAGGUGCAAGAUGUCCUGAGGAGAGCGUUCAGUCCGUCCUGGAGAUCUGAUCAUCACAUUUACAUUAAUGUAUUUCUCUCUGCAUGCAGAAACCCUCACUGAUAACAGCUACAGUCUGAGCUUCAGCAGGUCCGGGGUCAGUUAUUAUAGUUAUUAUUGUUUAUUGUUAUAAUUACAGGCUUUAUUACAGUAAUAUCUGUGUUAUAGAAGCUAUCAGACGCCUCUUUCUGCAGACUCAGGCUGAUGAAAAGCAGCACUAUAAUAAUAACAUGUAAUCACAUUCUGAGUCUGGAACCGAGUUCUAAUGUGCUUCUGAAUCAAUAAGCCGGAGCUAAAUUUAAUCUCUUUUAUGCAUUAUGAUAAUGAAGCUCAUUUUGCACAAUACAGGAAGUCCUUCCUCUGC